GCUGAUCAGGGCUGGGCUGGGCAGGGCUUGGGUGCCAGUCUGCCAGGCUUUUGGACUCUCCACAGCUCUCCACAUAAAGGGACCAGCACUUCACCCCACAUCAGGAUCCUCUGCAGGGGAGCUCUGAGUAUCCACCAGAAGGGAACUUUCAGCUCCUGGCAUCUGUGAGGAAGGAAGGAGGGAGCUGUCUAUGCUGGACAAUGACCAGACUCUGCUUCCUGUUAUUCUUCUCUGUGGCCACCAGCAGGUGCAGUGCAGCCGCGGCCUCUUCUCUUGAGAUGCUCUUGAGGGAGUUCCAAACCUGUGCCUCCUCCUUUUCUUCCCUGACUAGAAGCUGCAAAGAAGUCAAGGAAUGCUGCCAUAGUGCAGGUGAUGACCUGUAUUUUCUCUGCACCAAGAAUGGUGUUGUCUACCAGACCUUCUGUGACAAGACCUCUGGGGGUGGUGGCUGGACCCUGGUGGCCAGCGUGCAUGAGAAUGACAUGCAUGGGAAGUGCACGGUGGGCGAUUGCUGGUCCAGUCAGCAGGGCAACAAAGCAGACUACCCAGAGGGGGACGGCAACUGGGCCAACUACAACACCUUUGGGUCUGCAGAGGCAGCCACGAGCGAUGACUACAAGAACCCCCGCUACUACAACAUCCAGGCCAAGGACCUGAGCAUCUGGCAUGUGCCCAACAAGUCCCCCAUGCAGCAUUGGAGAAACAGUGCCCUGCUGAGAUACCGCACCAACACUGGCUUUUUCCAGAGACUGGGACAUCAUCUGUUUGGCCUCUACCAGAAAUACCCAGUGAAAUACGGAUGAGGGAAAUGUUGGAAUGACAAUGGCCCAGCCAUACCUGUGGUCUAUGACUUUGGUGAUGCUAAGAAGACUGCAUCUUGUUACUCACCAUAUGGUCAACGGGAAUUUGUUGCAGGAUUCGUCCAGUUCUGGGUGUUUAAUAAUGAGAGAGCAGCCAAAGCCCUUUGUGCUGGGAUAAGAGUUACUGGCUGUAACACUGAGCAUCACUGCAUCAGUGGAGGAGGGUUCUUCCCAGAGGGCAAGCCCUGUCAGUGUGGAGACUUCUCUGCCUUUGACUGGAAUGGAUAUGGAGCUCACAUUCGGAGGAGCUGCAGUCAGGAGAUAAUGGUGGCAGCUGUACUCUUGUUCUAUAGAUGAGAGAGAGCUCUGCGGUGUCGGGGUGAGAACCCAUCUUCCAACCCCAGCUAUUGGGAGACAGAAAAACCGGAAUUCUAACAAGGAGGAGAAGAGACUAAAUUACAUCAAUCUGCAACUCUAUGUUUCUUUGAAUUCUUUUUAUAAAUUGGCUGAUGUAUUGAGGGAUUUUUGAAAGAAUACCUAUGGUUCUGGUGAAUUCCACAUCGGAUAUUCUGGGCCUGUACAGUGGCUAGAAAGAGCCUAUUGAAUAAAAAUAAGUGUUCACUUCAGUAACACGUAUACUAAAAUUGAAACAAUACAGAGAAGAUUAGCAAAAAGAUAUAAAAAACUGAAAAAUAAAAAGACAU